AUGGGUUAUAUUUCGUGUAUGGACCAACGUGGAUUUUGGAUCCAAGACUGCAAUCUAAGUGAGCAUGAGAAAAGUAUCCAACUAAACCAGCUGGGAGAAUCACUUAAGGUCGCGACCAACCCAAACAUCGAAUAUUCCCUAGACAAUAAUGAUAUUGGAGAA